UGAUGACCCAUUCUGGACGGGUAUGGUUCAUCUGUUGAUUGGAGAGUGGUUCACGCGUUUGUGGACAUUUCAAGAAGUCGUCCUCUCGAGAAGAGCCGUUAUCCUCUGUGGAGACUCAUCGCUCGACAUGGACGAGUUUUUGGACUUCAUAGUCGUUGGCCGUUACAGAUUGUUUUGCUUCCCAUUCCCGUUACCGGAUCAUACAUCCGGUGUCAAGCCUCAUUGGAAUGAGUGCAGAUCACUUCGAAUCUACCACCGAAAACGGUCCACGUCAGGGGAAGGCUUAGAUGCCAAAGCGGUUCCAUUACUUCUAGACAAUGUACGUCAUCGGCAAAUGAAAGAGCAGGUAGAUCGCAUCUGGGCGGUAUUCGGUCUGUUUCACCCACAUUUACAAGAUCAAUUAGCUUCGUUAGUUGACUACAGCGAUACCGCCCGUCAAGAGCAUUGGCGGACGUUCGCUGGCUGCUUGAAGAUCGUAGUCCGUGAAAGUGCAUCGUUCGACUUGCUCGAGUUCUCUGGUCAAUCUGGACCUAGAAACGGACACCUCCCUUCCUGGUGUCCAAACUUCAUAGAUGACACAGUACAGCGAGGCUAUAUUUUUGGUAUGUGGAAUCGCGAGAUAAACAAGCAACGGAAUGUAGUGCAAACUCUUCUGAUUGCAGAGGACGACAAGAAGGCAUACGAAAGAUGGAGUAGUAUCGAGUAUCACCAUAAGAAAGACAUCUCAACUACAAAAUCAGAUUAUACCCUGCGCGUCAGAGGGUUUCUGGUAGAUACGAUCGUUGAAGUCGUACAAGAUAUGCAUUUGAUAGAUGUAAGAGACGGGAUUGAGAAUUUCGACUCCUACGGACCAGGCAUUGAAAAUCCAAUCAUUGUCGCUACUGUGAAUUGGGAGUCCCAAAGUCUCGAUCUGGCCCGCCGUGUAUAUCAUGGCGAAAAUGGUAGCGACGAGGAUGUACCCCCAGAGUAUAUCAUGGCGCUUUGUACAGACUGCCGUAUCAACGAAAACUGCGACGAGGCAUACCGUAACGCGAUAUCUUCACUCACCACUGUCGAUUGGCAUGCUAGCAAUAAGUUAGAACCGCGUCAAUUGAGCCAGGAAUCUCAUUUCUGGGGUCAUUUGACUUCGAUGGCGGGGCACCCUUCUUUUAGCACCAAAGGUGGUCGAUUCGGAGUUGCAACACCCGGCUGUAAGCCAGGAGACAGAGUGUGCAUGUUUUACGGUGGACAUCCUCUCUAUAUCAUGCGAUGGCCUACCACCGAUGCAAAUACCGAUGCCGAACACGACAAACUUCCAGCAGAGUUCGUUGGCACGGCAUUCAUCCCGCACCUCAUGGAGCCACAUCAGUCUGAAGCCGCUCGACUUGCACCGGAUGAGAUAUUCAUCAUCGGAUGACGACACGUUGGUUAUUGAUAGACAAGCAAUGAGUAAAUUGUUCAUAUUCUGACGAACAAGUGGGUGCCUUGAGGAUCCGUAUAUAUAUGUGGAAGACUUUAGAGAUGUGUCCCAAUACUACUGUUGCAACACUCAUCCUAACACUAGACUAUUACUGGUCGUUUAAUACAUACCUCUCC